CUAGUAGUACAAGUACUGGAGUAUCUAUGGGAAAAAGAUUCCACUGCUCCACUCUAUUAAUCAUCCAGAUUUCUCCAAGAGAAACCAGUAGGGAUUCAUAAGGACAGAUUAGACAGUUUUCCCUCCUUUGAGAAAAAGGUAUUUGUUUUUGGGAUUUACAAUUCUCUAUAUCCCCCUUAGCGUUAAUGGAAACUAAUAUACAUGCGCUGAUAUGAUGCAAGCUAUCUAUUUUUAUCAAUGUUUUUCCUCCUGAUUUGACUUAAUUUUGACUCCGCUAUUGCUUUUUUAAAAAAAAUUGUAUUUACAACAGUUUCCACAUAAGUAAACAUGGAGCCUUCAUUUUUUUUCGCACACCGUCAUUUGAUAUGGACAGACAAUUCGAAAGUGAUAUUUGUGAGCACUAGAUAUAUUGGGUGUUCUGACUCCUUGAUCUAUAAAUUUGAACAUUUACAAAUUCAAUGAAGGUCCACGUUGGCAGAAAUCUAGCUUCAUUUACACAAAAGGAAAUAAACAAAGCAAGAUGUUGGAUUUGAUCUAGGGAAUCGUAUGAUGAUCAUACGUCCUGCCUAGUUCCGUGCAUAAUGAUUAUCACCUUUUCUAUAAAUAUUUAAAGUUCACUAAAACUAAUACUAACUGAAUUCAAAAUUAUAUGGCAUUUAAGAAUUUGAAUGGUCAAACUUUCUUAGGUUUCACCACUAAUGCAUACAAAUUGUUUAUAUUGGUCACAUGAAAGAAGUGCCAUAUAUCAAACUUUUGAUGAGAAGUCCUCUCAAAUUUUAUAUUUUUGUAAUUUUUUACUAAUAUAUCACUGUAGAAACUGAUGGUCAAUUUUGCUUAUUGAAAAACCUUGUCUUGUCCGAAGCGCCAUAUAUUUUUGAACAUAUCAGAACUAUGACUAAAUGAUUACUUUUCUUAUUGGCCCAUGCAUUACAAGAUACUAACCGAUCAUCAAAAUUAUGACUAAAUGACUACUUUAUUAACCAUGACGCAGUAAAGUUUGCUCGACAAGUAGCUGCAUAACUUGGAUCGUGAGAAGAUGGACGCUUUCACCCAUGUUCCUCCCGGUUUUCGUUUCCACCCAACUGAUGAGGAACUCGUUGAUUACUACCUUAGGAAAAAGGUAGCACUAGAGAAGAUAGACUUGGAUGUCAUAAAAGAUGUUGAUUUGUACAAAAUUGAGCCUUGGGAUCUACAAGAAAAAUGCAAGAUUGGAACUGAAGAGCAGAACGACUGGUACUUCUUCAGCCACAAGGACAAGAAGUACCCGACCGGCACUCGCACCAACAGAGCGACGACGGCCGGUUUCUGGAAGGCCACUGGAAGGGACAAGCCGAUCUAUGUGAAGAACCGCCUCGUAGGGAUGAGGAAGACCCUGGUUUUCUACAAGGGCCGGGCGCCCAAUGGACAAAAGUCAGACUGGAUCAUGCACGAGUAUCGCUUGGAGACCAACGAAAAUGGAAUUCCACACGAGGAAGGAUGGGUGGUCUGCAGGGUGUUCAGGAAGCGACUUGCAAAUGUGCAAAGAAUGGCCGGCGAUUCACCUUACUGGUUCAACGACCACGCCGGGUUCAUGGCGCCGGAGCUCGGCUCGCCGAGGCAGGCGGCCGUGCACCACCAGCAGAGCGCUGUGGUGCACCACAGGCACCCGAGCAGCUACACUUGCAAGGUGGAGCUAGAAUACCAUCACUUCCUUCCCCAGGAGCACUUCCUGCAGCUUCCUCAGGUGGAGAGCCCCAAGCUUCCUGACCUCAUUGGCCCUGUAGCCACCCUGCAACCGUGCAGCCUUACACAGGCGGAGCAUGCCUUCUCCCACUACACGGCGCAGGAGCUCCAGGCCGAGCCGGUCUAUCUGAGGGCAGGGGAUGCAUCAGGCACAAAUUGGAGGGCUCUCGACAAGUUCGUGGCGUCACAGCUCAGCCACGGCGAUACCACCCUGAAGGAGUCAGCUAGUUACCCCAAUCCGGUGCAGGUGUUUCAGCAGGCUGAAGAGAAGGAAGAAGAGGCCUUGGACUACGUGUCGACGUCAGCCUCAUGCGGAGGGGAAAAUAAUUUGUGGAAAUAACAUCAUAAAUUAUAUACAGAUAUACACUAAAUCACUAAUGCAUUACAUCAUACAGAUAAUAACAUUGUGGUGUCAAGGAUAUGUAACGUAUAGUUUAUAAUUAAGUAGCCAACAAAUUUAUGUCAUGAUAAAACGUUAUUGACGAUGAAUAAUAAAUAGUUAUCAUA